AGCGCUCCCUGCUUGCGACCUGUCUCUGUAAAAUGAACAUUAGGGUUUUUCGCUACUGAAUUUGAUUUUUCAAAACCCAAACUAUCUAACCUCGAAGGUUGAAAGAGCAUCGACAAUGGCAUUUCAACAGCUUGGGCGAACCAAGAGUGUAACCAAGAGGUCCAAGAAGUAUCUAGAUGAGGCGCUUUAUGUGAGGCUCUUCAAGGAUGGCAGCUCAGAGUUGAGCGUUCGGCAACAGUUGAAUCAGUUCAUCAAGGGCAACAAGCGCGUCUACAAAUGGGAAGUUGGAGACACUAUCAAGAAGCUUCGCGAUCGCGAGCUAUACUACCCUGCUUUCAAGCUUUCUGACUUUAUGUCUAAAAUGAGGGGCGUGAAUAAGACAGUCAGUGAUCAAGCUAUCCAUCUUGAUUUAGUUGCCAAAGCUCAAGGCAUUGACGCUGCUGAAAGUUACUUCAUUGAUCUUCCUGAAACAUCAAAGAACCAUCUCACUUAUGGUGCCCUUUUCAACUGCUAUUGCAAGGAGUUAAUGACUGAAAAGGCAGAAGCUCUCAUGGAAAAAAUGAAGGAACUCAAUCUUGGUUUAACUUCCAUGCCUUAUAACAGCCUUAUGACCCUUUAUACAAAAAUUAAUCAGCCGGAGAAGAUUCCUGCCAUCAUACAAGAAAUGAGGGCUGAAAAUGUCAUGCCGGAUGCUUAUACAUACAAUGUGUGGAUGAGGGCUCUUGCAGCUGGUAAUGAUAUUUCUGGGGUUGAAAGGGUCAUGGAGGAGAUGAAACGCGAUGGCCGUGUUGCUGCAGAUUGGACCACAUAUAGCAAUCUGGCGUCAAUUUACGUUGAUGCUAGCUUAUUUGAAAAGGCAGAAAGUGCACUUAAGGAAUUGGAGAAGAAAAAUGCCCAUCGAGAUGUUUCUGCAUAUCAAUUCCUGAUAACAUUGUAUGGCCGUACUGGGAACUUGCUCGAAGUUUAUCGCAUAUGGCGUUCUUUGAGGCUGGCUUUUCGUAAAACUUCAAAUAUAAGCUAUCUAAAUAUGAUACAGGUGUUGGUUAACUUGAAAGAUUUACCAGGUGCUGAAAAAUGCUUUAGGGAAUGGGAAUCUGGAUGUUCGACAAAUGAUAUUCGGAUUGCAAAUGUUCUAAUUGGAGCUUAUGCCCAAAAGGGUUUCCUAGAAAAGGCUGAAGAGCUAAAGGAUAGGGCACGACGGAGAGGAGCAAAGGCAAAUGCUAAAACCUGGGAGAUCUUUUCAGAUUAUCAUUGGAAAGAUGGGAAUUUCAAAUUGGCAGUUGAUUGUAUUGCGAAUGCAAUAUCCUUAGGCAGAGGGGAUGGUGGGAAAUGGGUCCCAUCACUUGGGGUUAUUAAGACUAUGAUGGCACAUUUUGAGCAAGAAAAGGACGUUGAUGGGGCAGAAGGUUUCCUGGAGAUAUUGAAGAAGGCUGUUGAAAAUUUGGAUGCAGAGGUGUUUGAAUCAUUAAUAAGAACUUAUUCUGCUGCAGGAAGGACAAGCCCUGUGAUGCGUCGCCGAUUGAAGAUGGAGAAAGUGGAGGUCAAUGAGGCAAGUAAAAAGUUGCUUGAGGAAAUAAGUGUGGAGUGAGUUAGUUUACUUCUCCUUUCCUUUCUCAGAAUUUCUCUUCCUUUAUCAGGGUUUUGUUUUUAUGGUUUUAAAGUUCUAGUUAUUUCAUUAAUAAAAUUCUCUCUUUGUUUGCCAUAGUAGAUGAACACAUAUGAUGGGAAGAAUAUUGUUCUGACUCAACUGAAAUCAUGUCUGUUUUUUAUUUUGGUUCUGUUGUGCUAAGAGCUCUUAGCUCCGCGAUAGAAGGCAUGAGAGCUCUACUAUGCAUUGGCUGCUUGGCUGCCUAUAAGCCGAUUGCUUGAAAAA